CAGGUUCGUCCCUGGAGGGUGUGUGUGUGUAUGUGUGCGAGUCUCUCCAAGCAACGACCUGCGAACGGGCAUCCGAGCCAGUCUGAGCAAAAAAACAGGAACCACAUUAAUUUCGAGUGUCUUUGCAAUGUUCCCGACGAUAUUUCUACAUUAUUUGCUUUGAUCUCGUCAAAGUUACCGUCUCACCAGAAGUCGGCUUCAGAAACGAAACAAGAAAUUAAUGCAUCUCGCCUCGCUUUCCUGUUUGUUUUGACCUGUGCAGCUAGAAGGGAAUCCUGUUCGAGGGAUUAGCGGUCUGUCAAUGAGGAACUACCGGCUCAUCUUCUGCCACAACCUGAAGCAGCCAUAGAUGGUUCAGUGGUUUACUGGCCAGGGGAGGAGAGGAUAGAACACACUUUCACUGCUACACGACGUGAGGUCUUGGCGGGGUUGUGGUGAGGAGGAGGAGGAGCAGGCCAUGAGGAAGAGCGUGUCUCCGUUGCCAGGCAACGAGGGCGGGAGCUCAGCCAGCACCACACGGGUUUUUGGUGUUCCUCUGGAGGAUGUGACCCACACACACACAAUCAGCGGCCAUGAGGUUCCUGCACUAGUAAAAGAUAUUGUCGACUACAUUGAGGAGCACGGUCACCUGGACUUUGAGGGGCUCUUCCUGGUUAAUGGCAAUGCAGAGCGAGUGGAUUGGUUGCGUCAGCGCUAUGACAGUGGUGAGGAGGUGAAGCUAGAGAAGGAGGCCGAUCUGGCGUCCGCUGUCAGUUUGCUCCGACUGUUCUUGCAGGAGCUUCCUGAGCCCGUUAUCCCAACGGCUAUACAGGGACGUAUACUACAGCUCUAUCAAGAUUACGACAACGAAGAAGAGGUGUGUAGAAAUUUGAAGUAUCUGCUUCAGGAUCUUCCCCAGUUGAACUACGGUCUGUUGCGUUUCCUGUGCCGCUUCCUGGCUAGCGUGGCGUCACUUCAGCAAAAGAGCUGGAACGUCGGAGCGCUGGCCGCCGUCUUUGGACCCGACAUCUUCCAUCUGUCAACAGAAGGAGAGGACCUUCGGGACCAGGAGUCUGUCAGCAGAGUCCUGGCAGAGCUGCUGGACAAUCAGGAGGGCUUGUUUGACUCAGAGGACGAUGAUGUCUCCACCACCAAUGACUACAGCUCCAUCAAUGAACAGAUCACAGAGCUGUUGGAUGAUGAGAAGUGUGAGGCAGAAUGUGAAGAGCUGCCUCAGGACGGGGAGGACGGCCCUGCCUCCGACUCACCGCAACGCACGCACACCGAUGACAACCCUGCAGUCAGCUCCCACCUCUCCCCUAUAUCCAUCCUGCCUGCUGACUCUGCUGAUAUUAUUCAGCGGACCAUCAGGGCUGCAGUGGAGCAGCACUUCUUUGAUCUGAAAAACUCCAUCGACCAAGACCUCAGCAGGUACGACAGCCAGGGGGAGAGUCCCAGUGAGCCUGCAGACCAGGGCUGUGAUGGAGACGAGGAGCAACAAACUGACCCUGAAGACAGUGCCUGCGACACAGAAGGGGGUACCCCGCUCACACAGCCUGAGCAGCACAUCCAACAAAAUCAGCGAGAAGCGCAGAAUUCACUGGACUCUGUCCCCACCCUGGAGGAGAGCUCAGGAAUGGACCUGGAUGCAGAGUCUGUCACCGAUGCAAAGAACAACUUAAACACUGCCAGGCAGGACAAUCAGCCUCUUGUGACGAUGGAGCACACUGUCACCAUAAGCUGUGACUCCAGUUCAUGUUGCUGUGAUCACAACGCCAACACCAGCCAGCCCAACAGGAACCACCUCUCACCAUGCCAACCAGACUCCUCCCACCUUCAGCUUUUUCCCAACAACCAAUGGGAAGCGUCACCCCCCUCCCAUCUCCACCUCCCUCCCAUCGACUUCUCAUUGAUGCAUCUGCAAAAGGAAGGCCAAGACCCCGUCCCAGCUUUUAAAUCCUGGCAGGAUGACAACGAGAGCGGAGAGGCACAGCUCUCCCCGCUGGCCGGUCGCAUGGUUCCUCUCCCUCCGCUCCCCCUGGAGGAGGGUGGUGAAGAGGAACAGGGAGAGGGAGGGCAGGAUGACUCCCCUUCCUCUUCCCGCUCACACCCUCACCUGCUGGCACGGCGCUUUCUUGAUUUUGGUGUGCACGGUGCCCAGAGAUUCCUCCAGCAGGAUCUGGACGCCACUUCACCCACCAAAGUACAUAGGCCCAGGCGAGCAUCGUUUGGUUCCAAAGAGGCGAUGAGAGGAGGAGAUUCGGUGAUGCACCAGCUCACCAAAAAGCUUCAGCAUCUGAAGAAGAAAAUCAAACAGUUCGAAGAGCAGUUUGAGAAGGAGAGAAACUACAAGCCUUCUCAUGCAGAUAAGGCAGCUAACCCCAAGGUCCUCAAAUGGAUGACUGACUUGACCAAGAUCCGCAGGCAGAUUAAAGAUGCCAAACACCGUGCAGAGACCGAGCUCGGCCCUCAGACUCGGCCCCGCAGCAACACCUUGCCCAAGAGCUUUGGAUCCACACUGGAUCACAGUGCUCAUGACGCAGCAGGGGAGCUCAAAGGCCCGCGGCCUACAAGGGAGGAAACACUGGAGCUGAUCCAAUGCAGAGUCAAAGACAAGAGGGAGGAGGACGGCUGGCCGGAUGAUAUCAAGAAGAUGACAAAAGAGCAAUUAACCUGUGAGAAGACUGUCCUGCAGAAGAAUCUGCUGCACUACGAAGGGCUGCACGGUCGACCGGUGACCAGAGAGGAGCGGCUGGUAGUGAAACCUCUGUACGACCGCUACAGGCUGGUCAAACAGAUGCUCACCAGAGUCAGCAUUACACCUGUUGCAGUAUCUCCAUCUAGUAAGAGGCGGAGUAAAACCCUGCAGCCAAUCAUUGAGGGUGAAACUUCUCACUUUUGGGAGGAAAUUAAAGAGGAAGAGGAGGAGGAGGAGCAAGAGCAGAAAAGUGGAGGAGAAGAGGAGAGGGAUGAGGAGGAAGAAGAAGAGGAGGAGGAGGAGGAAGAGGGAGAGAGCAGCGGUGGUGAGAUGCAGAGCCCCGAAGUUAUCAUGGCCAUCGACCCAAUGACCUCGAGUGACGGGCCCGUGAGCAGCCAGAACCAGUCUGACCGACAGAGCGACUGUUCAAUGAGAGAAAAGAUGGAGGAGGGAUCGGGGAGGCUGGCGCUCGACCUGCGUCUGUCCAGCUCGAACGCCUCAUCCAUGCCAGAGCUGCUGGAACAGCUGUGGAAGGCCAGAGCAGAGAAGAAGAAACUGAGGAAGACCAUCAGAGAGUUUGAAGAAGAUUUCUAUCAGCAUAAUGGAAGAAAUGUUCAGAAGGAGGACCGGGUGCCGAUGCUGGAGGCGUACAGAGAGUACAAGAGGAUCAAGGCCAAACUCCGCCUGCUGGAGGUCCUCAUCAGCAAGCAAGAUUCCUCCAAAUCCAUCUAGACCCCUUCCUCAAAUAUCCGCUAUCCCCGCACACAUCAGCUGUCAUCACUGCAGCGACGCUACGCCCAGGACGUCUAGCCUGUCAUCACGCCUGGAGAGUUUAACAAAGACUGCAGCCAACAGUCAAACACACAACAAAUGACCUCCUGUUGGUACCCUGCAGCCACAUCAUGGGGAAAUUAAGUCAGCGCUGACUGCUUUUAUUAAAAAGUAAAAAAAUAAAAGUGCCACCGAAAUCGUAAAUACGACAUAUGGUGUAGCUAAGCUACAAAUAGCCUCACAAAAAUUAAAAUGGUACGGAAACACCCAAAAUAUUCACAAAGAGAAACACAUAACUGACUCUGCCACAUAUCAAACAGAAGAAUAUUUUAGGGCGGCUUCAAGUGUCAUUUCCUCAAAUUAAAAAAUGGAAUGACAGCUCAAAUUUUUUUUAAACUUGUUAGUGAUCCAAUCUGCCAAAUGCCUGCAAGUGUGUGAGGACAAACACUGGAAAAGUAAAGCCGUCAUUUAAUGUGUGGCCAAACCGAGGUGCUUUGCCAAAUAUCUGAAACCUAGGUUUUAGUUGAGCAUUUUAAAGUUAAAUGUGCGUUCUUACAACUUUUUCCCCCUGAUGUGAAUGCAGCACGGCCGCUGGUCAAACUUAAAGCAACUUCCAUCAUCCAUCCCCGCUGCCUCAGUCUGCAUAUCAUCUGAAAACAAACAGCAGUUUAAAUAAAAAAGACAAAGAGAAACUAAUCACUGUGUGUAUCAUCAUCAUCAUCAUCAUCAUCUCACCAAUUUGACUCAAGACUCUGCACUCGUCUCUCACCUCCUGGUUUUCUGACCAGGAAGAAAAAGGCAAAAGCAUUUUGACUUUUUGAUUUCGAGAACAUUACUGUUGUCGUCGAUCUUUGUGUUUCUGAGGAAUCUCAUCGGACAGCUCGAGGACUGGCAUUUUAGACACUCUUCACUCAACACACUUCGGAUUCAUCUGGAACGUCUCGCACUGCGCUUCAACCUCUUUCACUUGUCAUUUUAAUAAUAAUAGUCUAACAUCCUUACAUCCUGGAUGCCUCACCUUCUGACUGAUUUUAAAUAUUCAUCCACAAGAUUUCAAAGCCGCUUUGUUUUAACAAGAUGAUGUAGACCGUACAAGAUUUAUUCCAACAAAAGUAUUAAUUCUUUUUGUUAUUUUCUUCUACUUUUUGUUUGCAUUUCAAAAAACAGUGAUGUGGGAGCAUCUU